GAUAGAAAUAGAAAGCGAAGACAGGGGGCGCUGUGCCGCAUAGUACAUGGCAUACGUCUGUGUUCACAGAAGGAAAACAAGGAAAUGGUGGCGGUAGAGCUGGCUACUCAUUGCAUGUAAGCCCCAGCAGCCGCCGCCGCCCGGGUGGGAGAGCAUUGAUGGGUUAAACACCGCCCGGCCGAGGAGCAUGGAUUACGAAUUCAAGAGCAAGCUGUCUGCCGAGCGGGAGCGGGUGGAGGAUCUCUUUGAAUAUGAAGGUUGCAAAGUGGGUCGGGGAACCUACGGGCAUGUUUACAAAGCCAAGAGGAAAGAUGGAAAAGAUGACAAAGACUAUGCACUGAAGCAAAUUGAAGGUACAGGAAUAUCCAUGUCGGCCUGUAGAGAGAUUGCACUGCUGCGUGAAUUGAAGCAUCCAAAUGUGAUUGCAUUACAGAAAGUAUUCCUGUCUCACAGUGACAGAAAAGUAUGGCUGCUGUUUGAUUAUGCAGAGCAUGAUCUGUGGCACAUCAUCAAGUUUCAUCGUGCUUCAAAGGCAAAUAAAAAACCCAUGCAGCUGCCUCGAUCGAUGGUCAAGUCUUUGCUUUACCAGAUCCUGGACGGAAUUCAUUAUCUGCAUGCAAACUGGGUACUUCAUCGAGAUCUGAAACCAGCAAAUAUCCUGGUAAUGGGGGAAGGUCCUGAAAGAGGAAGAGUGAAGAUAGCUGACAUGGGCUUUGCUCGAUUAUUCAAUUCUCCAUUGAAACCACUAGCAGAUUUGGAUCCAGUGGUGGUUACGUUUUGGUACAGAGCUCCAGAGUUGUUGCUUGGUGCAAGACACUACACAAAGGCUAUAGAUAUUUGGGCUAUUGGCUGCAUUUUUGCAGAAUUAUUAACUUCAGAACCCAUUUUUCACUGUCGUCAAGAAGAUAUCAAGACAAGUAACCCAUUCCAUCAUGAUCAGCUGGAUCGUAUAUUCAGUGUAAUGGGAUUUCCUGCAGAUAAAGAGUGGGAAGAUAUAAGGAAGAUGCCAGAAUAUCCCACACUUCAAAAAGACUUCAGACGAACCACGUAUGCUAAUAGUAGCCUGAUAAAGUACAUGGAGAAGCACAAGGUCAAGCCUGACAGUAAGGUUUUUCUCUUGCUUCAAAAACUUCUUACUAUGGACCCCACAAAAAGGAUAACCUCAGAACAAGCUUUACAGGAUCUCUAUUUCCAAGAGGAUCCUCUGCCGACAUCUGAUGUAUUUGCAGGCUGUCAGAUUCCAUAUCCAAAACGUGAAUUCUUAAAUGAAGAUGAGCCAGAAGAAAAAGCUGACAAGAAUCAACAGGCACAAAAUCAGCACCAGCAGCAAGCAGCAAACCAACAGCAGACAGCGGCUCAGCAGCAGAAUAGCAGCCACACAAACGGUACAAGGGGAGCAGGAGGAGCAACAGGGGCAGCACUCCAACAUAACCAAGACUCCAGCCUUAACCCAGGGCCUCCAAACAAGAAACCACGCAUAGGGCCUUCAGCCGCUAACUCUGGUGGACCCUCUCUGAUGCCUUCAGAUUAUCAGCACUCCACGUCACGUCUGGGUUACCAAAGCAACGUUCAGGGAACUUCUCAGCCCCAGAAUACUUUGGGCUACUCCACGACAACUCAGCAGAGUUCACAAUACCAUCAGUCUCACAGGUACUAGGAAGGUGCACUGUAGAAAGCAAAAUCUACACACCACAAAUACUUGUUGGGAGGACCCAAGAAAUUUUUAUGCAGGAUACAGGAAGGACAAUAUAUCUGUAGAUUCUUCAGAACUUCAACGUUGUUCCUUGUCCAUAGACGUCAACAAGGGUUUGGAGAACCUCUGUCAUUCUUAAACUCCUUAAUCCUUUCUUUGGUGCAGUCACAUUGGUCAGAGAAUGUGAUCUGAUGCCAGCACUUAUUUUGUUUUUUGUUUUUUAUUUUUAAAGGCAAUAUUCAUUGUGCAGCUUUUCCAUGACGUAGCAGUGAGAGUUAUUUAUCAGGCUGCUAAAUGGAACAAUACAUUGUAUAAAGAUAACCGCAAGCUUUCUAGCUGUGUAUACUUUUUUUAUAAGUAAAAAAACAAGACAAAGCAAAACACAAAUGCACCUUUUAAACACUGUGUUCUGUUCACAGAGCAUUGCAGUUUUACAUAUGGAUGUCAAGGACAGAAACUUUUACUGUUCCAAAUUUCCUAUAUUGUUUUUUUUUUUUUUUAAUUAACAGAAUUAUAUAAAAAACUAAAAUAAAAAAAACUAAAAAUAUCAAUGAGCCUGCAUCAGGAAAGAUGAUAUAAAUGCAAGAUCCAACUCAGGAGUGGCUGAAGUAAAUUAAACUGUAGUACAAUUUGUCUGUACAACUCAACCAUUAACCUAUUCGUACAAAAUGUGCACAUGAACCUCAGCUUACAGCUUUGCCAGCUCUUUAUUCAUUCUUUCAGUGCAAGAAGUCUCGCCAGUGCAUCAUACAAAGAGGUUACCUGUAACGAUGUCGGGAAAUCUGCAAUGUUGUCAUAGUAACAAUGAUUUACAAUAUUUGCAUUACAAAUUUUAAUUCAUGUUUUAUCAGUUUGUUACAACAACGUCUUUUUUCAGCGGUCAGCUACUAAAUACCUUAAUUCCUGUCCCCAUUAAGGUGAAUGUGUUUUAUUGAAAUAUGUCAUGUACAUGAAAUACAGGGAUCUUAACGUGUGUCUGUGGCUUAUACUCAUGGAAGGGAACCAUUUUGUUUUCAGAUCCAUUUUUAGAUGGCCUCCCAUGAUUUGACUUGUGACUUGUAAUAUCAGCAUGAGGCAUUGUGUAUAUUAUACAUUAUCAUUUAUUUCUACUGAACUGGUAGGCUAUUCAAUUCUUUCUGCCCCCUUCCACACCCAUUCUGUUUCUGCUGACAGGCGUGAUAUCAUUUUUUCAGCUCGCUACCCCCGGGGUGGUGAAGCACCCGACCCUUUACGCAGCUAAACCUGAUUACUAUGGGCGCAAUAUGCUUGAUAACAGACAUCACUUUAGAAAGGAGAUUGGGCAUGAUAUAUAAUUUGAAUACCGCCCAUAUGUUAAUUCAACCCACGCAAUAUCUGCUUGCAUAGAGUAGAUAAGAACUAUUUAUUAAAAAAAUAAAAAACAAAGUUUAGCAUAAUCAAAACCAAAAAUGCAAGCCUUCAUAGAAUAUAGGACACCCAGAGGGAGAUUUAGCAAAUUUUGGAGAGAUAUAAAGUACCAGUCAAUCAGCUCUUGCCAUUUUACAGACUGUGCUAGAAAAAUGAGUUAGUAGCUGAAUGGUUGGUGCUUUAUUAACAAGAUUUGAUAAAUGUGGGGGGAGGGUCCCUGAUGUACACAUCCUCUAUAAUGAACAGGAAACAAGAGCCAGUUUCAAACAUUUUAGAUUAUAUUGAGCCAAGUAUCAGAAUGGCACUCAUUGUUUACAUACCUGCUGGUUGUCUACAACAAAUCAGUCACUUCUGCCAAAGCACAGCCCAGCAGAUUGAGAAAUUGGUUCUUUGGUCUUUUCCCAGCUGCAGCUGUAUGGGGGGUGUUUUUACACCUUUUUAUGUUUCUAUAUUUAUUUUGCAUUACAUUAUAUUUUUGAAAAGUACCAUAAAAUGUAGUUUUAACCGAAUAAAAUAUACACUUGUUUUGAAGAA